AUGGCUCAAACAGCAACAGCAAUAGAUUUAGACUCAUUUGAUGUCAAAGCACUAACCAUAGAUGAAGGUUAUGGAGUCAAAGGUUUGUCAGACAUGAAUCUCAAAACUCUACCAAAACAAUUCAUUCAACCACCUGAAGAACGGUUCACUGAGCACACCUUAAUCUUGGAAGAAUCCAUACCUGUGAUUGAUAUUUCAAAUUGGAACGAUCCUAAGGUUGCAGAUAUAGUUUGUGAUGCGGCAGAGAAAUGGGGAUUCUUUCAAAUUAUCAAUCUUGGGAUCCCUGCUGAAAUACUUCAAAGUGUGAUGGAUGCAACUCAUAGAUUCUUUGAGUUGCCACCAAAGGAGAAGAUGAAGUACAACAAAAAGAACUCUCCGACCACGAAUGUCUUUCUCAGAACAAGCUUUGUUCCGGAAAUAGAGACUGCUAUGGAGUGGCACGACAAACUUACCUUUCUCUAUGUUUCGGACGAAGAGGCUCAAUCUUUUUGGCCUCCAAUCUGCAGGAAUCAAGUACUUGACUACAUAAAGCCAUGUGAAUUACUUGCCAAGAGACUUCUCGGAAUGCUAAUGAAGCGAUUGAACGUCACAGAGAUUGACAAAAGUAAAGAAUCAAUGCUUAUGGGUUCAAAAAAAGUUAACUUAAAUUACUACCCCAAAUGUCCCGAACCUGAGCUUACUAUUGGCAUAGGAUGCCAUUCGGAUUUAUCAACGAUUAGUAUCCUUCCUCAGGAUGUCAUUGGAGGGCUUUAUGUUCGAAAACUAGAAAAUGAUUCUUGGAUAUAUGUCUCUCCAAUUGAUGGAGCUCUAGUGAUAAACAUUGGCGACGCAUUAGAAAUUAUCAGCAAUGGAAGAUAUAGGAGCAUCGAACAUUGCGUUACUGUUAACAAACAUCAUAAUAGGAUUUCAGCACCAUUUUUUGCAGGCCCAGAACCUUCUGCAAUAAUUGGUCCCCUUGAAGAAGUGCUUGAGAGUAGUGGAGAAAAACCACUUUAUAAAAAAGUUCUCUACUCAGAUUAUGCAGCUCAUUUCUUCACAAAAGCUCAUGGUGGAAAGGACAAGAUACAAUUUGCAAUAAUAUGA